AACGAUAGAGUCGAAAACAAAUAAGCCAAGACCCAAAACUAGGACAUGCCCCAACCUAAGGGAUUGAAAAAAAAAAAAAAUCACCACUCUCUUACUUUCUGUCCCACCAAGCAAAGACAAGACUGAAAACAAGAAAGUACACUGCACUGCACGCAUUGGCAAAGACAAAAGAACAAACCAACCCAAAACACAUAACAGCCAUAUACAAAAGCAGUCAAAAGAUUCCCUUUGCCACUCAUGGGUAUAAGAAUCUUUCUUUUCCACGGGUUUAACCGAUUAAAUUUGUAAUACGGUGUGGUAUUCACACAAAUUUCGUCAAAGUCAUGUAAUACUCUCCUUGUAUGUGUUAUUUGUUUUCAACAUGUGAAUCUUAGGAAUUUCACUCUCCACUAGUAUUGAGUAGUGAGUAGUGAAAUCAAAAUGGCAAAGAAACGAAGGCGAUGAUUAACUUGUAAGCGUGAGGCAGGUUAUGUAGUAUCUGGACUGGAUGGCGAUGCUGUGUUGCCUGACACAUACAAUCUGCAAGCACCAUAAUCAAUCUAUUCUCUAUGCCAUUGUGUUGCCACCAUGUCUACCGUUGAUUCAAUCCUCAUAGCUGAGCUUUGAAUAUUCAUGUAGUAAAACAUCGAAUUUCCAGAAUUCAUGGAACUGGGUACAAAAUAUUGUACUUACACAUACCAGCUAUAUAUAAUAUCGAUGGUUUGCCCAAAGGUAUCAGAAUAAUCAAUUACUCCUUUCCCAGUAUCUUGUGUUGUUUGAUGGCCUAACUCAAUCCUAUCAAAUCCAGACGAAUUUUUGUUUGUUUAUUCUUGUGUCACAAAACCAAAGGAGGAGCCCAUUUCUCCUUCUUUUAUCUUUUAUAUUUCUGAAACAAAAAUCUGUUCGCUUCUUAUUAUUUCAAUCCUCUCAUUCUCGUUCAUAAAAAUAAUGAUUUCUUUUAUUGCUACCUCAUUUUUCAUUGUCAGCCGAUCAUUCCACACAUCACAAUUGCCCUACACUAAACUCAUUCAAGUCUGCACUCGUGAUCGAUCAUUGCACCCUGGAAAACUACUCCACGCACGCCUUAUCAUCACUGGCUUAGCUCCUUUGACCCACUUUGCCUCCAAGCUCAUAUCCUUUUACACUGAAUGUCAAGAAUUAUUGUAUGCUCGAAAACUGUUCGAUAAAAUUCCCAAAACAAAUAUCCACCGUUGGAUUGCCCUCAUUGGAGCCUACGCUCGCCGUGGCUAUCAUCAGGAAACACUGGAUGUGUUUCAUGAAAUGCAAGGUCAGGGUCUGAAACUCAACAAAUUUGUUAUUCCUAGCGUAUUAAAAGCAUGCGGGAAUGCGUUAGAUAGAGGAACUGGAUUGAUGAUACAUUGUAUGGUUCUAAAAAGUUCGUUUGAAACUGAUGCUUUUGUUACUAGUGCAUUGAUUGAUAUGUAUUCCAAAUGUGGAAAUGUUGAAGCAGCCAAAGAUGUUUUUAAUGGGAUGACUGAGAAAGAUUUAGUGGCGAUGAAUGCCUUGGUUUCGGGGUAUGUUCAACAUGGACUUGCUAUUGAGGCAUUGUGUUUGGUGGAGGAAAUGCAAAUAUUAGGAGUGACGCCUAAUGUGGUUACUCGGAAUUCUUUAAUAGCUGGUUUUUCACAGAAGGGUGAUCGAGUGAUGGUUUCUAAGCUUUUUGCAUUGAUGCACAAUGAUGGUGUUGAGCCUGACGUGGUGUCUUGGACUUCAGUUAUAUCUGGGUUGGUUCAGAAUUUUUGCAAUGAUCAGGCGUUUGAUAUGUUUAAGCAGAUGCUGGAAAUGGGAUUUUACCCGAGUUCAACUACAAUUAGUAGUAUAUUGCCUGCUUGUGCAAGUGUGGCGAAUGUCAAGCAUGGAAAGGAGAUUCAUGGGUAUGCAGUGGUUACUGGGGUGGAAGAUGAUAUAUACGUGAGGAGUGCUCUCGUUGACAUGUAUGCCAAGUGUGGUUUUAUAUCUCAGGCAAGGACGUUGUUUUCUAAAAUGUCAGAAAGGAACACGGUUACUUGGAAUUCAAUGAUUUUCGGAUAUGCAAAUCAUGGGUACUGCAAUGAAGCAAUUGAGCUAUUUCAUAAGAUGCAGGGGGAGCAGAAACUUGAUCAACUGACUUUCACAGCAGUUCUUACUGCUUGUAGUCAUGCUGGAUUGGUUGAACUUGGACAAAGUCUAUUCCAGAUGAUGCAAGAAACCUACAAAAUAAUUCCUAGAUUAGAACAUUAUGCAUGCAUGGUGGAUCUCCUUGGUCGAGCAGGAAGACUUUCUGAGGCAUAUGAUUUUAUAAAGACAAUGCCAACUGAGCCUGAUCUAUAUGUAUGGGGAGCACUAUUAGGAGCUUGUAAGAAUCAUGGGAAUAUAGAGUUUGCUGAAGUAGCAGCUAAGCAUUUGGCAGAGCUAGAGCCUGGAAGUUUAGCAAAUAAGUUGUUGUUAUCAGAUUUAUAUGCCAAUGCUGGAAAUUGGAGUAAUGUUACAAGGCUCAAAAAGAUGAUGAAGAAAAUAAAAUUGAAAAAAUUUCAGGGAUGUAGUUGGAUAGAGGCCUACUAAUAUGCAGUUGAUUCAUGGGUGAUCAUGCUGCCUCUUCAUGACUUGUGCUUCCUCAUGUCCUUUUUAUAUUAGUUGGGACGGCUGUAGUACAUGGAUGAUGGAUGAAAACAAAGCAUGUUGUCUAGAGAUAAAAUCAUAGAACAGAAGGUAUAAAAUUAUUUCCUCUUGGGGUCGGAAAUUGUUAAUGGGAAAAUGUAAACAGUCAGUACUAUUCAGAUCCACAAGUUCUUAAAGAUGGUCAAAGAAGAAGAUUUGUGGAACAGAGAAACAUGCAUAUACAAUUGAAAGUUAUGUCACUAUGGCAUUGGGAAAUUCAAAGGAAGGUGUGUUAUGUUCUUCCUUCAAAGACUUUUCCUUCCCUGGCCAAACCAUUCCAAGGCUGAGAAGAUAGAUGUGAUUCACAAAUCACCAUGGCCACAAGGAGACCAGGUUUCUACUGAGGCUGUAGAAUGUUAUUUAUGGAAUCUUUGAAUCUUGUUAAUAAUGUUAAAUGCGGAGCUUUGGUUGAUUG